AUGAUCAACACGCUCGCUGUAGUCUUGCCAGCCCUGCUGGCCUUGCCGGCCAGUCUGGCUUGCCCAACCAAGCCUCAUGCCAACACAACCUGCAGUUCCGUCUCGGGUGACAAGACAAUCUCUUCCUUUCAGUUGUACCCCGAGAACGCCGAUUAUGACACAAAGCGUUGUGUCGCGUACCUAAGCGUCCUCUACAACUCCACUGUGGCCGUCUGGGAUCCUUCCACAAACUCAAUAGUCGAUACUAUCACCGUGCCAGGCCUGAGCUUCAACCCGCUCCUGCACGCCAGUGGCGUCCGCCGUGAUCCCCUGGACCGUCUCUCCAUCAUCAUCGACGCCGGCACCGCCUUCGACACGGCCGGACAGAAUAUCUCGGGCGACAACUUCCUCGUCAAGUACGACCUCGCCUCCCGCCAGGUCCUCUGGCAGCGCAAUAUCACUGCCCUUACGGACGGCGCGUACGGCGGCUUCCAGGACACUGCGCACGCCGCUGACGGCACCACCUUUGCCCUCGGUACCUUCCCUAGCAGCAUCAUGCGCGUCAGUGCCGACGGCGAGACCGCCAGCAACUGGUAUUUGAAGACGCCCCCUGACCAUACGGUACACGGCCUCUCGGGGCUCGUCUCCUCGCCGGACGGCAAGUCGCUGCUGGUCGUGGACAACACCGACGGUCAGCUGUACCGCUUCGACAUCUCGGCCCCCGAGGGGACGCCGGUUCGCGUCCCGCUGACUGGCGCAGAGCUCAUCGGCACGGCCCUCGACGGCGUUUCCAUUCCCUCGCGCUAUCACGGUACUGUGAUUCUUGUCUCGGACAACAGCGCAGGCACGGUGGUGCUUCGCUCCCAGGAUGGUACGUGGAACACGGCAGAGGUGCUGGGGACGGUGCCUGGUUUGCCGUCGACCGAGGGCGCGGCCAGCGUGACGACGUUGCAGGCUGGCGGUAGUGUCUACGCUGUGUCAGAGUGGUUCUUGGACGACAAAGUUGCCGGCACGUUGGCGGGGAACAGGACGGAAUGGCCGCUGGUGGACAUUACAGCCAAGAUUGAUGCGUUACUGGUUUGA